GUUAUAUUUAUCUUUUGAUUAUAAUGCAUCCAUUUAUUUGACUUUACAAAAUAAGAACACUUAUUACAUAUAUAUAUAUAUUAUAAUACGCUUAUAGUUAUCAGCGUAUUAGUUGCUUUGUAGUAUUUACUAUUUAGUGGCGUAGUUAUUCCAUGCUUCUAAUUGUUGUGUAAAUAGAUUUAACUAAUUUCAUCAUUAUUCAUAACAAUUGUUAUAACUAACACGUGCUGGGAAUUGUAAAUUCUUUAAAUUAAAUUCAUUUUGGGAACUUAAUAUUAUCAAACUUUUAAAAAUAUAUAUAUAUAUAUAUUUAUCCGAAAUGACUCUUAAUCGUCCAAAACCAAGUGCUAGUCCAUCAGAUGAUUCAGCUGUUGGUGAUAUGAAUAGUAAUGGAACAAGUACAACAAGUAGUAGUAAUGGUGAAGCAUUAUGUCCAGAAACUACUUCAACGACAACAACAGAAAGUUUAACUGAAUCAUAUACAAAACUAGCACUAACUAAACGACAAACAUCUCUUGUCAUAGAAUCUACCGCCGAUUCAAAUGAUCCAGGGAAAAUGUUUAUCGGUGGCCUCAGUCCUACUACAACAUCUGAGGGUUUACGGGACUAUUUUCAAAAAUAUGGUGAGCUUAGGGAAUAUAUGAUUAUGCGUGAUCCUCUUACAAAAAGAUCAAGAGGUUUUGGAUUUAUUACAUUUUCUGAUCCAGUAUGUGUGGAAAAAGUCCUUGAAACAGCUCCACAUAUUUUGGACUAUAAAAAGAUUGAUCCAAAACUUGCUGUUCCUCGUAAAUCUGGUCAAAAUACAAAAGAAUGCGACCCUCCCUUUGUCAAUCCUUACUUUUACGCCUGCAUUGGAUCCUCCUUGUUCACCGACGAUGCUGUCCAGGUAUCUACAAAAACUAAGCGUGUAUUCAUCGGUGGGGUUGCAACACAAACAACAAAUGAAGAAUUAAGUGAAUACUUUAGUCAAUUUGGCAAGCUAGAAUCAUGUGAAUUAAUGAUGGACAAGUCAACUAAUCGACAUAGAGGCUUUGGAUUUGUUACUUUCGAAUCAGAAGAAUCAGCUGAAAAAGUUUGUGAAAUUCAUUUCCAUGAUUUGCAUAAUAAAAUGGUUGAAGCUAAAAAGGCCGUUCCAAAAGAAGUGAUGAGUACAAAUAAUUCCUUGAUUAAGCAACGACAUCAGUUUAUUCGUGCUCCAAUUUCACAUUUUCUUCCUGCUCAGUUGAAUGGAGCUGCAGCGGCGGCUGCAGCAGCAGCUGCUGCUUCAUAUACAUUAACAGCAACAUCACCAAUUACAGCACGUCAACCAAGUGCCUAUGCUUACUUACCUGGAUAUUAUCUAUCUCCAGGUGAGUGUCCCCUAUCACAACCCCUCUCAGUCUUCUUACCUCCAACUGCUAUUCUUCCUCCGUAUGCUAAUGUAAUCUCCAUGACCUAAAAAUAAUGUUAUUUAUAAUAGUCAUAACUCAGUGAAAAUGUAAUAUCUAUCUUCUUAAUGGGUAUGCAAAUAUAUAUAUAUAUAUAUAUA